AUGCAAAGUCGUUACCGGGGCAGCAUACUGAGCGAUGUCAACACAUACCUCGGCCUUCCAGUUAAGCCCGACCCCCAAGAAGAAGACAAAAGUGAGGGUAACAGCAGUCGCAGCAGUGCCACGGCGGUCCAGACAGAGGAUAUUGAUGACCUCGUGGAAGAAGAGACGCAACGGCCAAAACUCACGCUCAAACUGAGGGGUCUUCUGAGGCGGACCAGCAGCAGGGUGUUCGAAGGGGAGGGUUUGAGGAAUGUCAGGGAAGAGCACCAAGACCGUCUUAGGUCUGGGGAGAGCGCAGAUGAAGAGGACUCCAUUGACGACGGUGCUGAAGAAAACCCGUCCCAGGAGACUGCGGAGGGAGUGGACGCGGCCAGAGAUGAAUCAACCCAAUCCGAUGAGACUACAGAGGGCAUGGACGCGGCCAAUGACGAAGCAUCCCGAACCGAGGAGACAGCGGAGGACACGGACGCGGCCAACGACGAAGCAUCCCAAACCGAUGUGACUAUAGGGGUGGGUCGUUAG